AUGCAGCUCCCAUCCCUCUGCCUUCUCGCGGGGCUGAUCGUCUCAGUGGCCAAGCCAGGGCUGGGAGGCGCUGAAAAGAAAAGCCCUCUGCCCUCAACUGCUGCCUCUGCCCCGGAGAAAGCUGGCCUGUGCCCACCAGGAAGGAGUCAGGAUGUCCAGCCCUCCGAGGUCUUCUGCCUUUCUGAUGCUUCCUGUCCCGGCAGUGAGAAGUGCUGCAACGUGGGGACUCUGAGGAUCUGUGCGCAUCCUGCAAUGGUGAGCCCUGGCUCCUGUCCCAAACUCUGCUCUGGAUUGCAGGAGGCUUGCCAUGUGAACUGUCUGGAUGACACCUGGUGUGGCCCCGGGGAGAAGUGCUGCCCUGACGAUUGCCACAUGCGCUGCGUGGCAGCUGCCCCAGUUAGGCCCAGCAUUUGCCCACGGAAGGCGGCGUGGCCGAACGGCACCCCCUGCGGGAACCGAUGCGAAGGUGACAGUGACUGCCCUGAGAACCAGAAGUGCUGCUUUGCUGGCUGUGGCCUCGAAUGCCUGAACCCCUCGGCAGAAAACCCUGCUCCAUGUGCAGAGGCACCAGCCAAAACCACUCCAAAGAGGUGCAUUGAUUUCUGCCAGGAUGACUUUGGCUGCCCAGGAAGCGAGAAGUGCGUCGCCACAGACUGUGGCUUCAAGUGUUCAGCGCUUCACCCAGCUGCAACCAAAACAAGCACAGUGGCGCCGAGACUCGUGAGAGCCACCUUUUCUGCACCUGGCCAGCCAGCCAAGGGCCCCAUCCUGACCCCCCCACCUGCAGCGGCAGAGCGGCCUGGAGCCUGUCCUGUCGUCCCUUCAAAUACCCCACGAUGGUGCUGGCAGGGGUGUAGGAAAGACAGUGAGUGCCCCGGAGCAAGGAAGUGUUGCUGGAAUGGCUGUACCCGGGUCUGUUUGGUGCCUGUCCUGGUGAAGCCUGGAGCGUGUCCUUUGCAGCUCAGGGGCUCCAUGGGGCCUUGCCCAGAACCAUCCCUGAAGAACUGCAGCCAUGACUUUGACUGCGAGGGCACCAAGAAAUGCUGCUCAAUCAGCUGCACCAAUGUCUGCAAGGAGGCGGAAGAAGUGCGCCCUGGGACCUGCCCCCUCCAAGCUGCAACGAGCCAGGAGCCAGAGUGCUCCACCUUGACCUUUUGCGUCAGAGACAAUGAUUGCUCUGCACCCAGUGAGAAGUGCUGCUGGCUGAGCUGCGGGUGGGUCUGCGUGGCUGUCACAGAUAGUCCAGCUAUGGAACCGCCGGCAUUCAGCACUGAAGCCCAGACAGAGCAUGGAGCCACAGGGGCUCCAACUGUUACACCUCUUCUGAGGAAAACAGAGAAGCCAACAGAGACAGCGAUGUCGGCAGCCAAACCAGGCCACUGCCGGCAGUCGGCAUACACCUGUGGGAAGACAAUGCUCACCCAUGAAUGCAAGAGCGACAGCAGCUGCAGUGGGACCAUGAAGUGCUGCCUGAGUGGCUGUUCUUGGAAGUGUGUGGAGCCCGGUGUGAUCUCCAAGAAGCCCUCUGUCCACAGAGUUCAUAAAUAGCCAGUAGAACCCAUAGACUGCAUGAAAUGAAGUGAAUAUUUCACCUGGAACUUGGCACUCUUAUUUUAACUGUUGGCACUGUUAUGCUGAAACUAAUA